AUGGCGUUUCCGCAGACCUUCCGCGCCUACCACGCUUCCGUGAACCCCAUUGAUUACAUGCUUCUGGAGGCUGUGGGCCAGUUGUUCUUAGGCAAGACCCCCUCUGCAACUGAGCCCUUUGGCAUUGGCUUCGACGCGGCGGGCGAGAUUGUAGAAGUCGGCAAGGACGUCAAGCGCCUGAAGGUCGGUGACGAGGUCUAUGCCAUGACACCGUUCAGCGCGUUCGGCACGCUUGGCGAGUUCUCUGUAGUGGACGAGCAGUUCGUAGCGACAAAGCCCCGCAACCUCAGCUUUGACGAGGCUGCGUCCGCUCCGCUUGUUGCCCUGACUGCCUAUCAAGGUAUGUUCGAACACGCCAAGCUGCAGAAGGGCGAGACUGUCCUCAUUCUAGGGGGUAGUAGCUCAGUCGGAAUGUAUGCGAUUCAGUUUGCACGAGCCAUCGGGGCGCGUGUGAUAACGACUUGGCUGGAUGAAGUGGAGGCGCACUCUGUGGAUGCAUUCUAUAACUGCGGCGUGGAGAAUGCUGCAUGGAACGAGGGUGCUCAAGUCAUGUUGAAGCAGAACACUAUCACGAUCCUGCCCAUGGCGCAGCCGAUAAAGGAAGCUGAGUUUGGUGCACAUUUAAUCGGCCAAAGAGGUAAAACCUGUGAUUGA